AUGGCCUACAAUGUGGUUGCCGAACUCUUCGCUGAAUGGGCCAUUGGAAUGAUGGUCAUAAUUAUUCGUUUAUAUACGCGAUGGUCUAUUGGCCAAAAGAACUUCUAUUGGGACGACGGAUGCUUGCUACUUGCGAUGGUUUGCUGGACUGUAUUUACUGUGACCUUGUACUACUGUACUGAUGUGUACGGCUCCAAUAUUGGACUUAAUGAAGAGACGGCAGCACUUAUUCCCGAUGAAAAGGUUCCACAGAUACGAAAGGGUUCAAUAUGUGCUUUCGUUGCCUGGGUCACGUAUAUCGGGAUGGUGUGGGCUUUCAAGGGUGUUCUGGUCUUCCUAUACAACCGACUCACGACGGGGCUUUCUCAGCACCGAUUGACAAUGGUAGUGGGAGGCGCCACCGUUUUCACAUUUCUCGUGUCCUUUUUCUUUCACCUGUUCGACUGCAUGCCGAUUCAUAAGAACUGGCAGGUCAAGCCAUACCCUGGAGACAAAUGUACUUUACGUCCGUUGAACUAUAUUCUCAUUGAGACUCUCAGUAUAGUGAAUGACUUAGCAAUCAUGUGUGUUCCCAUACCAUUGAUUAUCGCCGCGAAAAUCCCCCCGUCACAAAAAAUCGUUCUCAUCAUCCUAUUCUCGUCCGGUAUCUUCGUUAUGAUCUGCUCUGUCCUUCGCGCCUACUACUCCGUUCGAGACAUUGCUCAUCUUCCCACCGCGCUCGGCUGGGCCUCGCGCGAAGGCUUCGUAUCAGCAUUCAUCGUCUGCGCACCGGGUAUCAAACCGCUCUUCACUCGGAUCGGAUGGUUCAAAUCGUACGGCUCCUCGAAUAAUUACGGCAGCAAAUACACGUCGAACCACAAAUCUCGGACGGGGAGGUUCACCUCCCGGCCGAGCCGGGAGUUUAACACACUCAAUUCAGGAAAUGAGACGCAUCCCUAUGAGCUGUCCUCAUCCAUGGCCUGGAAUGGUGCUAGACGUGGCUCCUCCGGUGAAAGUCAGGAACAUAUCAUGGAAGAUACGACGCAUAAGCGUGGCGAUAAUCCGGAACACGGCAUUGUAGUCACGACGGAUGUUACGCUUGCCCAUGAAGAUUCGCCUCCGAGAAUGAAGGGGCUUGGGAGGCGUUGA